AUGACAUUCUCGAACUACCAGCAUAUUGUUCUCAAGGGACUGCCGUACGACCGCGGCUAUACCCACGGAGAGCAAGCCAAGCAAAAGAUUCUUGAUAGCCUCGCUCAUUACCACAAACCAGGGAAACUACUGCCAUGGGACAUAUCUCAACGCAUCAUCAAGGAAGUUUACCUUCCAGGAAUAGAGAAAUUCUUUCCCGAAGCGCUACCUGAGCUUCGGGGUAUUGCUGAUGGUGCUGGGGUUGAUCUAGACCAAAUCUUGUUUCUCAAUUCUCGGUACGAUCUUGCUAGGGUCCGAGGACCAACUAUCCGUCCGUGCCCGAGUACAAAGCCCAGUUCGGCAGCAAACACUUCUCAAGCUGUUAAUGGUCAUGUUGCACAAAAUGGGUUUCAUAACAUCUCUUCCAGUGAUGAGCCGACAGAUAUCCAAGAGCUUCAGGAAUGCACUACGGCGGGAUUUCUUGCCGAGUCCAUGGACAACAGCGACGUGAUGUUGGCCCAAAACUGGGACAUGUCGGCCAACGUCUUCCUUAAAGAUACGGCUGUCUACCUAGAAAUUCACCCGGACCCGUCUGAAGACCUCCCCGUCAUGUUUGUCACAACUGAGGCCGGCCAAUUGGGCCGUUCUGGCUUCAACUCUGCCGGGCUUGGAGUUUGCGCAAGCUCACUCAUGUCGACCGAAGAUUACUUCCCGCUUGAUCUGACUUUGCCUCCCGGCAGCGAACAGCAACCACUGCUGCCGAUGUCUCUCGUACGAAGGCAAUUUCUGCACAAUAUUAAUUUUGCCAAUGCGCUUAUAAAUGUGAAAAAUGCACCGAGACAUUUGUCGAAUAAGCUCAUCGUAGGCACAGCAGACAACUUUGUCAUGUCUAUGGAAAUUACGCCUAGUGCUGUUCACUUGGGAUACCCCUCUAACGGAGACAACUUUAUUGUCGGAUCAAAUCACUUCAUCAGUGAAUCAUUUCAAGCGAGUAAAUGGAAUGAUCGCUAUCCUGGAGGCAGCAGCUGGUUUCGCGCUGUGAGAGUCGCACAGAAAGUCCGGCCUUUCAAUACUAAGCAAUUAUCGGCAGAGAAGGUUACUGAGGCGUUCUGCGACCAUUUAUCGCUUCCUUCCUCUGUUUGUCAACAUAUGGAAGACUGCACAGUGAAGAAUGUACCGGAUUAUCCAUACAAAGGUGCUCAGACAACAUUGGCACAUAUAAGAUACAACCUAACUAAGCGAACCGCAACUGUUUGCAAAGGUCCACCCUGUAUGGGUGUCUUCAACGAGUAUUCUCUGCCCGUUACGAGUAACCUAAGUGGGCACAAAAAGGGGAGGGUAAAUGGGAAUCACUCUGUUACAAACGGCGAAACCUAA